GCCAGCAUCCACAGCGGCCUCCAAAAUCCGACUUUGGCCUCGGCGACGCCUGCACAUCGAAUCCGAUCCAUCAACCGCUGCCUCUGCUGAUCAACCUGCCCCUGCUGCUCACACUCUUCCAAGCACCCCCCCCCCAGAGCCGUCUCACCGCAUGUCGACAGCCACAGAAAACGACGCUGAGGGCACCGGCGGCUACAAAGCCAAGAGCGCCGUCGACGCCCAGAAGGAUCAGAUCGAGAGGCUGAUGAAGCGGGUCGAUAGGGACAUUGAGAUCAAAGUUUCCAAAGAAAAGGAAUACAAGGGCCCCAAGGACUUUGUCAGAAACGUCACCGGAUCCAGCGCCGGUGCAGGCAGUGGCGAAUUCCAUGUCUACCGAGCGUUGCGAAGAAAGGAGCAGUUUCGGAUGAAGCUUCUCGACGAGAAGGAGCGACAGGAGCUGGAGAAUAAAGAGUUUCACGAACAAUGGGACUCCAUCCGACAGAAAGAAGACGAAAAGACGGCCAAGAACCGAGAGAAGCGAAACAGACGCAAGCAGAAUCAGCGCCACAAGCAGAAGCAGACCGGAAAGAGUCAAGACGAAGGCAACGGCGCCCAAGAUGCCAAAGCCAACCAGAGCGACGACGAGGCAGAGGAGCGUGCCGAUACGGAAGCGAAAAAGAUCAAGCUCCAGACCAGCGACUGACCCGAUCGAAAGUCUGGAUAUGGUGGCCCGAAGACCAGAGGCGUGUUUGAUUUGCAGCGGCUGUUUUGAUAUGAGCCUGUGGACAGCCAGAGACGUUGUUGUUUGACACCGAGGUCGUCGAAUGGCAUCUAUCCUCGAAGAAUACCGACAGUGAAUGACCAGGCCCUGACGAUCGACACAACCCUGGGACGAACAACAAAUGUCUGCAUGCACAUUCUGAGUGGCCCGCCGAUCCUCCACCGGUCUGUCGCCAACGACUGCUUGCCACCAGCGAUGUAGCCAAACAGACAUCCAAUUCGAUUUGAACACGGACGACCGAUACGAUGUGA